UCCAAAGGACACUUGCCAAAGAAGGUCCCCAUGCUGAGGCCACAGCAAAUGUCCAACAGCAGCUCCAUCAGGCACUUCCUCCUGCUGGCAUUGGCAGACACGCGGCAGCUGCAGCUCCUGCACUUCUGCCUCUUGCUGGGCAUCUCCCUGGCUGCCCUCCUGGGCAACGGCCUCAUCAUCAGCGCCGUAGCCUGCGGCCACCACCUGCACACGCCCAUGUUCUUCUUCCUGCUCAACCUGGCCCUCACUGACUUGGGCAUGAUCUGCACCACUGUCCCCAAAGCCAUGCACAAUUCCCUCUGGGACACCAGCACCAUCUCCUACAAAGGAUGUGCUACUCAGAUCUUCAGGGUGGUGCUGAGGAUCCCGUCUGAGCAUGGACGGCACAAAGCCUUUUCCACCUGCCUCCCUCACCUGGGUGUGCUCUCCCUUUUCCUCAGCACAGGCACAUUUGCUCACCUGAAGCCCCCCUCCAUGUCCUACCCAUCCCUGGAUCUGGCCCUGUCAGUUCUGUACUCGGUGGUGCCCCCAGCCCUGAACCCCCUCAUCUACAGCCUGAGGAACCAGGAGCUCAAGGAAGCAGUGCGGACAAUGAUGACUGGAUGCUUUCAGGAACAUUAAAUAUGCUGGCCAAUUUCUGCCAAUCACUUGUAAUAAAAGUCAUCAUUGAUACUU